CAGAGAUCUCUCCUUAACCUUAGCCAGGGAGCAGCUCCAGGCUAGAGCUUCCAGCCCAAACCCUGUUUGCCCUCAGUGCCAUCCUCCUGUGCUGAACACACAGGGGUCUCCAUCCUCCAAGGCAACAAGGUCCGCUGUCCAGAGGGUUCAAUUGUAGCAACCAAUAGCUAAAAAUAUUAAACAUGUCGAUUAGAAAAGACUUAGAAAAAUACCGCGAUGUUGAUGAGGAUGAAAUCUUAAAAAGGCUGACGGAAGAUGAAAUUAGAGCACUAGAAGGAGAGUUGGAAGAAUUAGACCCAGAUAACCAGUUACUGCCCGCAGGCCUAAGACAAAGGGACCAGACCCAUAAAACACCAACGGGACCAUUUCAACGGGAUGCUCUUCUUGACCAUUUAGAAAAACAAGCCAAAGAAAUGAAGGACAAGGAAGAUUUAGUGCCUUACACUGGAGAAAAACGAGGAAAGCCAUGGAUUCCUAAGAAGACGGUGGUUGACCCUGUUUUAGAAAAUGUAACUUUGGAGCCAGAACUAGAGGAAGCUUUAGCCAAUGCGUCUGACGCAGAGCUCUGUGAUAUUGCUGCCAUCCUUGGAAUGCACACACUUAUGAGUAACCAGCAGUACUAUCAGGCGCUCGCUAGCAGUACUAUCGUCAACAAAGAGGGUCUAAAUAGCGUUAUCAAACCAACACAAUAUAAGCCGGUCCCUGAUGAAGAACCUAAUUCAACUGAUGUAGAAGAUACACUGGAACGGGUUCAGAACAAUGAUCCAGAUUUGGAAGAGGUUAAUCUUAAUAACAUUAAAAACAUACCUAUAGUAACAUUAAAGGCUUACGCAGAAGCAAUGAAAAAAAAUACAUACGUGAAGAAGUUAAGCGUAGUAGGAACACGAAGCAAUGAUCCCGUUGCCUUUGCUUUGGCAGACAUGUUGAAGGUCAACAGCUCAUUAAAAAGCUUAAAUGUGGAGUCCAAUUUCAUUAGCGGAACAGGCAUACUUGCUCUUGUUGAAGCCCUCCAAUAUAAUUCAUCUCUGGUUGAACUGAAGAUAGAUAAUCAGAGUCAGCCUCUCGGGAAUAAGGUAGAAAUGGAAAUUGCAAAUAUGUUGGAAAAAAAUUCAUCCCUUUUGAAGUUUGGCUAUCAUUUUACACAACAAGGCCCCAGGAUUCGAGCUUCGAAUGCAAUGAUGAACAAUAAUGAUCUUGUGAGGAAAAAGAGGCUGGCCGACUUGGUUGGGCCAAUCUAUCCCAAGUGCCGGAGUGGAGUGUAAAGCCGCGGUGAAGACUGUGCCUUACGGCAGGACCCCCUUUCAUUGUUUAUUUCAGAAAGUGGAAUCGUCAAAGAAGAGCAAGAACGUAGCACCUGUGCCAUACCUCAGUUGUGUCUGACAUUAUGCAUCAAAAGGAUCAUCACAAUGACAACUAUGACACAAUAUCCAUACAACUAUUUUUUUCUUGUUAUUGUUUUUUUUCCCCAGACAUACAAGUCAUACAACUGCAUUGGGAAAUCAAACCAUUUUGAUCUCUGUGCCCUCAGAUUUGUUUUGUAGGUAAUCGUAGCUUCAAUCGUAUGUUUGAUCAACACAAAAUCAAUCGUAUGUUUGAUCAACACAAAUCCUCUUCCUUCAAAAAAGGCCAGUGAUUGUCACUUGAUAAUUACAAAUGUCCUUUUCAAUGUCCAUGGCAGAAUUAGCACUAAGGCUUGGCACUGGUUAGUUUAAGAUUGUUCAGUUGGGUAGAAAUGUGCCAGGUUGUACGAAUACCAAUAUAUUGAGUUUUUUGGGGGGGUUUGUGCAGCAUAUGGUUAUUCCACAUUCAUUAUUUUUUUAAACUAAUCGUAUUAGCCUAAGAAGUCGAAGCAGCUAGUUUUGCUUAUUUGACACCUGCUCUCUAUAUUAUGUUGCUCAACCCAAUUCCUUUUAAACAACAUUUGAGAGAAUUCCAUUUCAGAGAAGGUAAAACCUUUGUUUUAGUAGAAUUUGGUGUUAUAAGUGAUAUUUGUGAAUUAACAAAUAUAGAUAGGUGAGUAAAGCACACAGUGCUAAUUAGUGCAGGCUUUCCUCUGACCAGAGAGUUACUCCCAACCCCUUUUAAACAUAAAAGCAAAGUGAAUAGAAAAUAUCUAUAAACAAUAUCAGGGCGCCACAAUCACUUUAUAGUUAUGAGCUUUCCGGAUGUUGUUCUCAUAAAUUGAGGAGACAGAGAAACGAUUAGAAAAUAGUCAUACAAAAUUUAUUGAGUGAUUGAUAAAAAAUAAACAAUAAAACACUUGCAUUAGACAAUGACACGUUCUAAUAAAUGUGCAACAAUUGCAAUAUUAACUUCAGUAGAUUUAGUCUGAAACUAUAUAAAAAUCUCAAAAGUGAAAUGGCUAUCAGCCCGGAGGUACCCAUGAUAUUGUUUGUAGAUACUUUCUGUUCACUUCGCUUUUAUAUUAGUGAAUUAUUCUGUUGAUCAAAGCUGUUGUGAGCAUAAUUUUGCUUUGGUCCAAUAUAUGCAAUGUAUUUAGAGCCUUGCAACUUACCGUAAUUAUAUUUAAAGCCUUUUUAACAGAACACAGCACCAUUUUUGUGAUGUCAUUUUUUUCUUGCUGUUCUGUCACUAACGUACUAAGUAUAUUAUUUAAGUCCAUAAUGUAGCACUGAACGUCAUGUUACAGAAAAUAUAUAAUGGCCUACAUCUUAUUGGUGACAAUCACUAAAUCAACGUUUCCUGUUUUUAUGGAUUGUGAGUAAAGGUAAUAUGUGUAUUUCCACAGAUGAAAACCACCCUAAAAUGUAUAAUAAUAUCUAAUAAAUUAGUCUGUUAUACAUGUUUCACAUGCUUAUAGUUACCAUAAGAUCAGCAGAGGGCAGCUUGUAUUUUGAGAAUUUACACAAAAAUAACAGAUUUUACUGAUUUUUGUUACUUUUGCCUAAAUUCAGUAAUCAGUCUGUUCUCAAUAAAUCUCCACUGUUUCAUGUUAUUAAAUAUAGUUAAUAAACAUAGUUCACAAACAGGUAUUAUAUAUAUAUAUAUAAAUAUAGGCAUCCAGAUCAUAUUAUGUCAAUGAAGUGGUCUGGGUGCAGUGACCCUUUAGUUUUAAUGCAAUGUUUCAAUUGCCGGGUUACACACAACUCUAAUGGUUGCCUUCCUGACAGCCACCAGAAGUUCCCCUGUGUGAACUAUGUCAAACUCGGAUCUCAAUCACAUGCUGCUCUUGGAGCAUUGAUUGGCGCAACACAGGUAUUUGUUGCACAUACACCAUAGCUUUCCGAUGCUUCUCUAUUAGGAAGCUUUGGAUUGGCUGGGAUGAUCAAUCUUGAUGAUCUUAACCAUUGGAGGGGAUGCGGUGACACCAGCACAAUGAGGGAGUAAUGGUAGGCAAAUAAAUACCUUUUAAUCCCUCUUGGGGGAAUGAACACUUAAAUAGGUAAGGUAAAACUAUUGUGUUAGGAAAACAUGUUUGUAUUCCUAACCCUAUAGUGUUACUGUAAGCCAGAAUAUCUUAACUUGUACAUUUUUUCUUUCAUGUACUUCUCGGAGAGAUCAGUCUAUUUCAAAAUCAGAUUAUUUUCUAAGGUUAAUGGUUAUUGAUAUACCGGAUGUUUUUAUGCAGUAAUGUUAACGGUUUAAAUAAAUAUCUAUAUAUUUUA